UUCGGCGGAAAGGCUUGGGAUGAGACGUGCCGCGACAUGCACCACCACCACGGCACUCCGCGCGCAGUGCGGUGGCCGGACGGAACCCAUGCAGGCGCGCAAGGAGGACGGGCCCGUGCCUCAGGAGCGGGUCCGAGAGGAGGACGAGGUGGAGCAACUGGAGUUGCUGGAGGACGAGGCCAUGGCCGGGGAAGAUGAGGGCCGUAGCCCCACGGACUACGGCCGCCGUGUGCACAUCUUCCAAGAGAGCUCCCGGGUGUUCCGGGCCCUCAAGGAGAGCCGUGACAGGGACGGCGGUGCCAAGCCCGGUGCUGCCGCGACGCGCCACGGCUGA